UGUUUUCCAUCUUCUCUCCCUUUUCUUCUUCGAUUUAUAUCCUUCUGUUAGGCAGUUUAUCAGAAUCCAGAGAAGUGAACUGUGUCACAAGGAAACCGAGCUGAUUGUCGCAAAGGGGUGAACAGCACCUUCCAAAAUGAAGUAUAAAUGCUGCACAUUUGCACAAUCGAUUUGUUUGACGAUCAUAGACCUUGCAGCACUACAUAUAUUUUAGAAAUGCACAAAAAUGUUUGAUAAUACUAAUGCAAGGAAACAAAAAAGAAAAAAAAAGAAGAAAAGAAACACAUAGAACGAAUUAAUUUGUUGUAAUCUAAUACGAUAAUAACGUUCUUCUGGGUUCCGACGUCACGAAACAACACGCGAAGUGCAACGGCAAAGUGGCUGUGUACCGAAACACUUCUGCGCUAUACGGCAUCCGAAAAAAGAAUAAAAUAUAGAGAAAAUAAACUUCGACUCUCGAAACCGUACCAUUCGCACCGUAUACUUUACAUUUUACAUUUUUAUAAAAAAAAAAGUUACCUGAAAAGUUUUAACGAUUUGUAAUUUAUCAUGGAUGUAUCUGCAUUUUCCGAAGAUAUUUUCGAUGUGAAAGAUUGGAUUAAUAAAACGUUUAAAUCUGUCGAGGCACAAGAAAACAAAGAUGCAUUUGUUUCAUCAUUGGUAAUGAAAUUACAAUUGUAUGUGCAACAAGUCAAUGGGGCUUUAGAAGAAACCAGUCAGUCUGUUCUUUCAAGUUUGCCAAGAGUUUUAAGAGAUACUCAACUUUUGCAACAAGAAGCUUUAGCUCUGAGAGAAAAAAUGGUUGCAGUUAAACAAGAAAUAGAAAAGGUUGAAAAAGACACUGCUUCAUCAAUGGCUACAUUAGAGAGAAUAGAUAAAAUAAAAACAGACUUACAGAUUGCUAAACAAGGAUUACACGAAGCUGAUAAUUGGAGUAUACUUGCCAAUGAUGUUGAAGAGGUAUUUGAGUCAGGAGAUAUAGAAGCUAUAGCAAAUAAACUGUUCAGUAUGCAAAAAUCACUGGCUAUGCUCGUAAAUGUUAUUGACUAUGAAGAUAAAAAAUUACAAUUAGAAGGUUUAAAAAAUCGGUUAGAAGCCAUAGCUAGUCCAAAGUUAGUUCAAGCAUUUACUGCUGCAAAUUUGGAACAAUCUAAAGUUUAUGUGGAUAUUUUUAGUAAAAUGGAACGCUUGCCUCAACUUCUCAAGUAUUAUCACAAUUGUCUGAAAGUAUCAUUAGGGCAAGAAUGGCGCAGAACUAUUGAAUUAGCACAAGAUGAAAAUGUUUCUUACUGGUUACAUACUUAUUAUGAUAAAUUAUUAUCUAAUUGGAAUGAUCAGGUGAAAUGGUGUCAUCAAGUAUUCCCAAGUAGUACCUCAGUUGAUGUAAUUAUUGAGAUAUAUGCUGAUCUUUUAAGAAGUUUGGACCCAGGCAUUCCAGAAUGUAUAGAAGCUCUUUUAAAACAACAUACAAAUGCUAUGCAAUUGUCACUUUUACUUGAACUUAAACAAAUUACAAGGCACUUUGCUGUGAACUUGCAAGGUGCUAUUGAAACAUCAUCACAUGGAAAAUCACAGACUCCAAAAUUGUUAUCAUUGGCACAAGCAAUAUAUGCACCUUAUGUUCCAUAUGUUACAAAAUACAAUAUUUAUGAAACAGCUCAACUUGAACAUCAGUUGCAAUCUAUAGAUUCUGUUCAAGAUGAUUUAAGUGAUACGAUCAAUAACCUUUCCCUUAGCCUUUCGAGAGUAAUGGAAUAUGCAAAUGAGGCCAAUAAAAGAUGUAAACUCUUUACAGAUGGUUGUGGUUAUCCCAGCGUAUUAAAAUCUCUAACUCGUUACUUCAAUAAAUAUCUUGACAAAUAUCAAGUGGCUAUACGGCAAUUAGAACACAAAAAAGUAAAACAUGAGGAUUGGAAUUUGUUCCAAAUGUGCCUUACUUUGAUGCAAACUAUAGGUGAUCUUUUGGGACAGAUUCAACAAUUUGAGAAAUCUUUGAUAAUUGACAUUACAGAAGCUAAUAAUAAGCUGCAAAGUACAAGUGGUAGCGUUUUUAAUCAAUAUAAAAAGUUACUUUUACAUACAUCAAGUCAAAAUGAAUUGGAAAAUUUAACUGCAUCUUUUCAAAAAGAAGAAGAAACAAUUCUUGAUCCAAUAAUAAAGUCUAUUCACAAACUAUGUUCUGAUUUACAUCGUGCAACAUAUGAAGUAAUCUUUGCUCCUAUCUUUACGCAAUUAUUAUCAGUACAAAAAGCACCAGCAUGGUCAACAGAAAUCAACAAAAUGACGCAUUUGAGUGCAGAUUUACCCGAUUAUAGCUUUGCUCCUCAGGAAUAUAUAACUCAAGUUGGGCAAUAUUUGAUGACAUUACCACAGCAUUUAGAGCCAUUUUUACUGAGGGAAAAUCCAAGCCUUACGCAGGCAUUAAAAGCAGCAGAUCCACAAUAUGCACAAAGUUCCACUGAAUCUGGAUUUACUGGUAUUUUAUUAGAAAUCAUUGCUAAAGAAACAUGUCAAAUGUUUCUAGAUCAAACAUUAGGAAUUUGUCAGCUAAGUUCUGCUGCAUGUAAACAACUUGCAACUGACAUAGAUUACCUUGGUAAUGUAUUAGAGGAACUUGGUCUAUCCUUAUCAGAAAAUCUACAACAUAUGUCUCUUUUAUUAAGACUCCCACCAGAAGAUUACCAGAAGAGUAGCUCUGGAUGCAAUGCCAGAGUUGUAGCUGCAGUCAGACAAAUGAGAAAUAUAACGUUUUCUGGCUAAGUAACGUGCAAUGGCGAAACAGUAAGUCAUAAAUUACAAUACAUAACAAUUGUAGUAAUUACAAUUUCGUAUAAUUUA